CUCUAUUUCCUAAUAAAUUCCCCGAUCGGUUCAUUAACAUCAAAACCCUGUAGUUACAUAGAGGUUCUGUUCGUUCGCCUUUUCUAAUCGUCUUCUCCGAUUUUCGCCUGUAAACCCUAGAUCGCCUAUAAUGGAUGAUAGCUGUGCGGUGUGUGCCGAUAACCUCGAAUGGGUGGCAUACGGAGCAUGCGGUCAUCGGGAAGUGUGCUCGACGUGCGUGGCUCGACUCCGUUUCAUCUGUGGCGAUCGCCGAUGCUGCAUCUGCAAGAUGGAAUCCUCCGUCGUAUUUGUUACCAAGACUUCAUUUUAUGGAGAUAAUGAGUUGUACUCGCAUAUGUCUACAGAGCAUUAUACCUGCCACAUAUGCCAAAGGCAGCAUCCGGGACAAUAUGAAUAUUAUAAGAAUUAUGAUGAUUUGGAGAUUCACUUCGGUCGAGAGCAUUUCCUUUGUGAAGAUGAAGCCUGCCUUGCCAAAAAAUUUAUCGUCUUUCAAACUGAAGCCGAAAUGAAGAGGCAUAAUACAAUUGAACACGGGGGGCGUAUGUCUCGUUCAAAGCGUAAUGCCGCUCUUCAGAUCCCAACUAGCUUUCGAUAUCGGAGAAACAGUGAACAAGAUAGUCGUCGUGGAAGGGGCAGAACAUUCCGACGCGAACAUGGUGAUGAUGAACUUUCUAUUGAGAUGGCUAGAACAGAGAGCACAUUCCAUGAUCAAUUAUCAUCAGCUAUUGCCCAAUCGUUGUCAGACAAUCUAGGGGCUGACGAUAUUGAUUCCAUCAUACAGCCUUUUGAAUCAUUGACAACAGCAGAUGUAGAAUCAUCUUCAAGAUACCUUCAGGCUUUGGGCCACAACUCUAGGAAUGUGGCUCUGGAAGAAUCUUCAUUUCCUCCCCUUCCUGUUGGCCCAAGUAGCACCCGACAAAAACCCAGAUCAAAUGAUUUACAUGAUAAAAGCAUGGCAGCGCACCUACGCCGCCAAAACAAUGAAAAAGUAAAUGUUAUAAAUUCAGGGGCAGCAUGGCCAGCAACAAAUCGUGGGCCUAUCCAAGCAUCAAGUAGUUCAUCAAAGGUUAGGCCUAUAACUAAUAUUGUCCCUACUACAUUAAAUACAAGUUCCUCGCCUGCAGUACCAAGCUAUGCAAGCUCUGCACAAACUCAGCAUCCAGUGCGACCUGCAACAGUUCGUGGACUUGUAUCAGCUGGUUCUCCAUGGAGUUUAGGUACCGCCAAUGUGGUAACCCAAUCUUCAUCUGCUCCUAAUCUUUCUGAGAACAGACAGUUGGAACAUUCUGAUUUUGAUUUUCCUCUGGUUUCUGCAACACAAAUGCACGUGUCGCAUUCGAAUGGCCAGGCUUUGCUGAAUGUCGAAGAUGUCCACACUGCAAACAAAUCUUUGGUGGAAAAGAUGCAGGCAGCCCUUGAAUAUAAUGAAGAAAAAUAUACUGCAUUUAAAGAUAUAUCAGGGCAGUAUCGCCAGGGUUUGAUUGACACAAGAACUUAUUUGGAUUAUGUGAAGCAAUAUGGCUUGUCCCAUCUAGUGCUUGAGUUGGCUAGGCUCUGUCCCAAUGCUCAGAAGCAGAAAGAGCUGGUUGAAACUUACAAUGCUAGCUUGAGGAGUGACACUCUGGAAGAACAGGGUUGGACUAAGAGUACAGGCCGAUCAAAGGAUAAUAGUGGGUCUAAGAAAAAAGGUAAAGGGAAGGCUAUACUUUCAGAAGAUACUAAUUCCAAGGGUGCAUUAGCAGACAGUGUAAUCGGCAUGGUCAGGAAGUUGCAGACAACUUACAAGUCUUCAGAAGAAGAGGUAGAGGUGCUAUCAAAGGAUGGUUACCGUUCUUCCAAAGGUAAAUCAAAGGCAACAGUCGAUGAGCAACCACGAGAGCAAAAUUUGGUUAGUCAACCAGGGGCAGAACCAGGUGGCCAGAAUGGUGUCUCAUCAGCAGCUGGAGGUGGAUUAGGGGAAGGUGGUGGUGGUAGUAAACAACGGAAAAAGACCUCAAAGUUCCAGAGAGUGCGGUUGGGUGAUGGCUCAAUGGCAGCAUUAUUAGAUCUAAAAAAUUCUGAUCCACAGGAAAACAGAUUGAACGGUAACCAGAAUCACAAUGGACUGCCUGUACGAGGUGUGUGGCGGAAGGGGGGUGGUCAGAAACUCUUCCUCUAGACAUGCUGCCAAAGAUAUGUUAGCAAAAACUAGUUUGGGCUUCGAUGUUUUUAGAAGUCCUUGUGCCAGAUAGGGAACCCAAUGUUUGUCAAGAUUUUCAAUAUUUUCUGACCAUUGGGGUUGUUAGAUUGAUGUCUGGGGAAAAAAUUUUGAAAGGUGGUAGUUGGUGUAAACAUAUCUCACCAACGGACAUUGAAGUGUUCAUAUUCUAUAUACAAAUUAGAAGGUUUGGUAAAAUUUGGAAGGUGUUCGGUGAUUUGUUUUGUUGUACUCCCGAGAUGUUUAUUUUAUUUUUAUUUAUUCUUUUUCUAAAUAAGGAGGGAUGGAAUUCUAUUCUGUAAUUUGAACACUCCAAUUCACCAUGAAACUCUUUAGUUCUUUGUUUCCUCUGUUUAAUAAAACGCUUAAGGGAAAGUUCUUUUGCCCA